CUGAGUCACUGCCUUGAGGCUGGGCAUAUCUCAGGACCCAGGCUGAGGAUUUCGCCUCCGAGACCCCUACUCUGGAGGGGCUAAGGAGCCGCCCAGGCGAAGUUCUCCCCCAGCCAUGGCCCUGGGCCUUGUGCCCCUGCUGGUCCUGCUCUUCGCUGGGCGCGGCGGCCAGGGGGAACAGGGCGCGCCCGGCUUCCAAGGCUGCAAGCAGACGCUGAACGUGUCGGUGCUGGGAGCGCUGCCAGGAGGUGGCUGGGACAACCUGCGCAACGUGGAGCUGGGGCUGGUGCUCAGGCGAGACUAUUCGCAGUGCCUCACCACCGAGGACGGCGAGUACCUCAUCCCGGAUCACAUGCAGGUGGUGACGCGGCGGGAAAGCAUAGUGGAGACCCGCGCGGAGCUCAUCGACCACUGGAUCAACUACACCGACACCUGGGCGGCCUCCAUCAACGCUGAGCUCUCCUUCCUCCCCAGCCUCAAUGGUAAGUUCUCCAUGGACUGCCAGAACGUCAGGAAGUACAGCCUGGAGUACCAGACGGUCACGACCAGGGUGCAGGUCCGUCACAGCAUUUACUCUGUGAAGGCCCCGGAGAACCCCGACUUCCAGCCCGACUUUUUGCGGCAUCUGCUGACCCUCAGCGACCACCUGGAGAACAACCAGACCCGGGAGGGCGAGUACCUGGCGGAGAUGCUCGUGCUUAGGUACGGCACGCACGUCCUUACCGACGUGGAGGCCGGGGCUACCUUGGUGCAAGAGGACCAGGUGAGGCGGGAGCUGGUGGACAGUGAAGUCCGAGACAAGAUCAACAUCACGUACGCCGCCUCGGCCUUGUUUUUCCACGUGGUCAACGCUGGGGACGGGGUUUCCUGGGAGUCGCAGAGCCAGCUCCUCCAGAACUACGUGCGGAACACGGUGGCCUCCAGGAUGCACAGCCACGGCGGCGCGCCCUUCUAUCCGGGCAUCACCCUGCAGAAGUGGCAGGAGGGCAUCGGCAACAGGCUGGUGGCCAUCGGUAGAUCUGGCCUGCCCCUGCCCGCGCUGCUCCAGCCGGAGGUGCUGCCCGAGCUCCCUGAGCCCGCCGUGCACCGCCUGGCGUCCGCCGUGCGCCGCGCCAUCCACCGCUACUACGCGGUAAACACGCAUCCCGGAUGCUUGAAGCUGGGGGCUCCCACCUUCGACCCCCAGGCCAAUGUGGACGACGGCUCGUGCACAGGCAGCCGCCUUGCCAACUUCAGCUUCGGGGGCGUCUUCCAGGAGUGUGAGGCCGUGUCCGGGCAGGAUGUCGAGCACCUCUGCCGGGCCUAUCGCAUCCCGAACCCGCUCACCGGCAAAGCCUCUUGCCCGGACAAUUACACGGCCAGCGCCCUGAGCAGUGAGCUGAAGACGUGGAGCGAGGCCCGUCCUGAGUGCCGAAAGCAAUGCCGAAAGUGCUGGCUCUUCUUCCAGUGCUGCUCCACCGUGUGCGCCACCCGCGAGCAUCUCAGUACCGUGCACGUGGCCGCCUCCUGGUGCGCGCCCUCAGGGGCCUCCCUGCCCUCCACUGCGGGCUUCCUCUUUGGAGGUCUCUAUAGCCGCGGCAACCCAAACCCGCUCACCGGGUCCCAGGCCUGCCCCUCCUGCUUCUACCCACUGACACUCUUUGGCGACCUCAAGAUCUAAGACAGAAGAACCUAAAUCGAGUGAGUGGUCCUAAAAAGACGACCAGAUCUACAGAGGUGUGAAAAAGAAAGACGCAUACACCUAGAGGAUUUAAUAAUCAAACCAUGCUGCAAGUAAUGCUAAAGAGGAAUUCCAUAAAGAGCAAUUCCACAUAUUCCUUUCCUUGAUUCUAUUCAAUAAUCUUACUUAGUAUAUUAAAAGUGAGCCUAUUUUGACCAUUUUUAAAAUAAUCUCAGAAUGGAAAAGUCCUUUCUAAGAAUAGCACAGAAUUUUAGGGCUUAAGACUGAUACAUCUAACUAUAUAAACAUGAAGUUUUCCACAUGGCAAAUUCCACUACA